ACUACAGUGCGCGAGCUGCCGGGGACGGUGGCGGCGGGCGCGCGCGACGUGGGACAGGGCGCUCUUCAGGCUCUUCGACCUCUGCGCCCUUGUUCUUUUGCGAGUGUCUGGGCUCCCGGACUCCUCCAAAGUUCAUUCUUGCGCAGAGCCCCAAAGCCGGCAAGUCGUGAUGAGCUGCAUGAUAAAGACUGUGCAGGAAGUGGUGAAGGUCCUCGCCAAUACUCGCGGUUUUGAUAGAAUUUUGGAAAAGAGCUGGAAAGGAUUUCGGACUUCGAUCCUUCGGCAAACAAGCGCCUGCAGUGCUUUGGAGGAACAAAAAGUGACUGUUGUCUCUGCUGUCCCUGGGAAAGUGGUUUGUGAAAUGAAAGUAGAAGAAGAGCAUACUAAUAGAAUGGGCACUCUCCAUGGCGGUUUGACAGCCACGUUAGUAGACGACAUAUCAACGGUGGCUCUCCUAUGCACGGAAAGGGGCUUACCUGGAGUCAGUGUCGAUAUGAACAUAACGUACAUGUCACCUGCAAAAAUAGGAGAAGAUGUAGUGAUUACAGCACAUAUUCUGAAGCAAGGAAGAACACUUGCAUUUGCCUCUGUGGAUCUGACUAACAAGGCCACGGGAAAGCUAGUAGCACAAGGCAGACACACAAAACACCUGGGAAACUGAGACCAGCAGGAUGACCUAAAGAAACCAGCAAUGAAUAUCAAGUGUAAAUUUGACUUGAACAAAUGUAACUUUCAAAAUAAAUUAGUAAAACCAGAA